UGCCCUUGAACUGAGUUUGUCCUCUGUGCAUGCCUCUUCUGGAGCAAGGCUGGAUCCUGAACCUCGGUGCAUGUAAGGGGCAAAGCCUCGUUCAUAUUCCUGCAAUAAGAGUAAAAUGUAAAUUGGAUAAUACGACUUCUUGCCAAAGGCUCCAAUGAGUGGCACACAGUCCACAAUCACGGACAGGUUUCCUCUCAAAAAACCUUCGAGACACGGCAGCAUUCUGAGCAGAGAGUCUCCAGCAGACAAGAAGCAGAAGGUUGAACGCUGCAGCAGCACCCACGACUUCGAUCCCACAGAUAGCUCCUCCAAGAAGACAAAGUCUAGUUCUGAGGAGAGUAGAUCCGAGACGUAUGGCCUGGUGCAGAGGUGUGUGGUGAUCCAGCGGGAUGAGAACGGCUUCGGGCUGACGGUCAGCGGGGACAACCCCGUCUUCGUGCAGUCUGUCAAGGAAGAUGGAGCAGCCAUGCGGGCUGGAGUGCAGACAGGUGAUAGAAUUAUCAAGGUGAACGGGACUCUGGUAACACACUCGAACCAUUUGGAGGUGGUCAAGCUGAUCAAGUCUGGUUCCUAUGUAGCUCUCACUGUCCAGGGGCGCCCUCCAGGGUCGCCCCAGAUUCCCUUGGCUGAUUCUGACGUGGAUCUGGCAGCUUUUGGGCAUAUGUCUCCCAUCAUGGCAUCCCCCCACUCGCCUGGCACGUCAGGGAAUGCAGAAAGGAUCACCAGCCCAGUGCUCAUGGGGGAUGGAGUCCUGUCCUCCAGGUCUGUGUCAGAGUCGCUGCAGAUCAGCGAGGGGGAGGCAGAGAGUGGGGACAGUGGCAGCAAACUGGAUUUCAGUGGUGACAGCCCCUCCAGACCCAACAGUGACAUUGCUGAUAGCCCUCGCAGUGGCCUGAAGGAGAGGAUUUAUCCAGAUGAGAGCCCAGAAAAGGCUGAGCUUCAAGAUACUGACUCCCAGUCCAGUGUUGGAAGUCCCCUGGCCCGAGUGGGGACUCAGAUCAUUGGAGCAGAGGAUGAUGAUUUUGACACGGAGCAGGAGCAGAUCAACGGGCAGUGCAGCUGCUUCCAGAACAUCGAGCUCCUGAAAUCCCGCCCGGCUCACCUGGCUGUCCUCCUGCACCACGUGGUGUCCCAGUUUGAUCCUGCAGCACUGCUGUGCUACCUUUACACAGACCUGUACAAACAGACCAACUCCAAAGAGACCCGGCGUGUUUUCCUGGAGUUUUACCAGUUUUUCCUGGACAGAGCUGCAAACCUGAAAGUCCCAGUUCCAGAGGAAAUCUCCUUGGAAUUAGACAGGAGAAGGCCAGAGCUCCUCCCUGAAGAGCUGCACCGCCAGUUCAUCCAAACCAUGCAGGAUAAAGUCUGCCCAGAGGUUCAGAGGAACCUGGAAGAUUUCAGGCAGAAGAGGAGCAUGGGGCUCACCCUGGCCGAGGGGGAGCUGAGCAGGCUGGACGCAGAGCGGCUCCGCGACCGCAACGCCGUGGAGAAGGAGAGGAGCUGUGCAGAGCAGAUCCUGGCCAAAAUCGAGGAGGUCCUGAUGACAUCUCAGCCUCUGGAAGAAGACAAGAGCUCCACGAUGCAAUAUGUGAUCCUCACCUACAUGAAACACCUGGGAGUGAAAGUCAAAGAGCCUCGGAACCUGGAGCAGAAGCGGGGCCGCAUUGGUUUCCUGCCAAAGAUCAAGCAAAGCAUCAAGAAAGAGAAAGAAGGAGAGGAGAAAGGGAAGAGGAGAGGCUUCCCCAACAUUCUGGGCCCCCCGAGGAGACCGAGCCGACACGACAGCAGUGCAAUUGGCAGGGCCAUGGAGAUGCAGAAGCCCAGGCACCCCAAGCACUCACCCACAGCCUCUUCUGUGAGCCCAGAGCCCCCCGAGUCCAGCAAGAUGCGCCAGAGCGGCUCCUCCAGCGAUGGCACAGAUGCCCCUUACCCCCCUGCCAACGCCAUGUCCCCCCUGGCCAUGGGGCCCUUUGCCUCUCCAGAGGGCAGCAAGGACAGUGACACAGGUGUGAAGCAGCCUGGGGAAGCCCCACCUGCCAGUGACUCCAUGGAUGGCACCCCACGUACACCCAACAACACCUUUGAGUUCCCAUCUCCUUUGGAAAACCUGCAGGAGGAGGAGGGAGAGUCUGAGAGGAUGGUUGACAUGGGAACACCGAAGCCUUUUCGCAAGACGGACAGUGUUGGCUUUGCAGAUGUGCAGAGUGAGGAUGAGCUCUAUGACUUCGACAUGGACAUGGACCCUCCCAACUGGCAGCAGCUUGUGAGCAGGGAGGUGCUGAUGGGGCUCAAACCCUACGAAAUCAAACGUCAGGAGGUGAUAAAUGAGCUGUUCUACACGGAGCGAGCCCACGUGCGCACGCUGAAGGUCCUGCACAACGUCUUCUACCAGAGGGUCACCAGGGAGGGCAUCCUCAGCUCCAGUGACAAGCGGAAAAUCUUCUCCAACCUGGAGGACAUCCUUGGGCUGCAUGUUGCACUGAACGAUCAGAUGAAAUCUGUCCGAAAAAGGAACGAGACUUCUGUCAUUGGCCAAAUUGGGGAAGAUUUGCUCUCCUGGUUUAGUGGACCAGCAGAGGAGAAGCUGAAACUUGCCACUGCCACCUUCUGCAGCAACCAGCCCUUUGCCCUUGAGGUCAUCAAGUCCCGCCAGAAGAAGGACUCGCGCUUCCAGACCUUCGUGCAGGAUGCUGAGAGCAAUCCCCUGUGCCGGCGGCUGCAGCUGAAGGAUAUCAUCCCCACGGAGAUGCAGAGGUUGACUAAAUACCCCCUUCUGCUGGAUAACAUUGCUAAAUACACAGAGCUGCCUGAGGAGAAGGAGAAAGUCAAGAAAGCAGCAGAUCACUGCCGCCAGAUCCUCAACCACGUGAACCAGGCUGUCAAAGAGUCAGAGAACAAGCAGCACCUGGAGGAUUAUCAGCGGCGACUCGACCUCUCCUACUUGAAGCAGUCAGAGGAUCCCAUGAUGGAUGAGUUCAGGAACCUGGAUCUAACAAAGAGAAAGAUGCUCCAUGAAGGGCCCUUGACCUGGAAGGUGAAUCGUGACAAAACCAUCGAUCUGUACACUCUGCUGCUGGAGGACAUCCUGGUGCUGCUGCAGAAACAAGAUGACAAACUGGUGCUGAAGUGCCACAGCAAGAUCCUGGCAUCCACAGCUGACAGCAAACACACCUUCAGCCCCAUCAUCAAACUCAACACUGUGCUGGUUCGCCAGGUGGCCACAGAUAACAAAGCUUUCUUCGUCAUCUCCAUGUCGGCGACGGGGGCUCACAUCUACGAGCUGGUGGCACAGACUGUCUCAGAGAAGAAUGUCUGGCAGGACCUUAUAGCUCAGAUGGCAGGAACUGUGAAGAUGGGGAGCAGCAGAAGGGUGAUCCCACUGCCUCAGUCAGGCCCUGGCGAAGAGGAGCGUGAGGAAGAGGAGCAGCAGAAGCUGAAAGAGCAGCAUGACAUUCCUGCCAGCAGCCUGCAAAGUCCAGAUAAAGAUUUGGGCCUGGAGUCUCCCUUAAUACUGAACCCUCAGUCCUCUUCACCCAUCAUGUCUGAGAAGGCCAAGGUGGAAGGGCUGCUGGGGGCUGAGGGGCAGUUUGAGAAGGUGCAGCAGGCAGAGCUGGCACUGAAGGACUCCUCUGCCUGCUUUGAACACCCAGCCAGCAGCUCAGCCUCAAUGCCAGAGGGGCAGUGGGCACGGGAUGCCCUGAGGAACUUGGGGCUGCUGAAGCAGCUCUUGGUGCAGCAGCUGGGCCUGGCAGAGAAGGGCACCCUGGAGGACAGACAGCGCUUGCCCAGGUUCAGGAGCGUGUCCCAAGAAGCCCAGACAGAGAGUGGCAACGAGCUGCAGCCCUCUGAGAGCAAAUUCCAGCAGCCUGGAGAGGACAGAGCCCUUGGCAGAACUGGAGAGGCCGCGGGCGGGCACGGCGCCCGGACUGCAGCCGAGUGCCCGGCCUCAGGGGAUGCCAUGCAGCUGGUGGGCACGGAGCCCCCCGCCAGGGGCACUUUGCCCAUGGACAGCAUGAACCUGGAGGGCUCCAGCUCGGAGCUGGAGGGGCUGGGGGCUGAGGAGAGCGGGGAGCAUUUCUUCGAUGCCCGGGAAGCUCACAGCGACGAGAACCCCGGCGAGAGCGAGCUGCUGGACAGGAAGGAGGAAGAGGAGGAGGAGGAGGAGGAAGAGGAGGAGGAGGAGGUGCAAAUUCGGAUCUCAGGAAAUUAUUUGAUCCUUGAUGGAUACGGAACAGUGCAGGAGAGCUCCACGGACGAGGAGGUGUCAGCCCUGGUCCUGCAGUGCACCUCCCACAGGCAGCCCGCCCUGGACUGUCCCCAGCAGCAGCAGCAGUGUCCCCUGUCCCCAAGGGACACCCAGUCGGACGGGGGCAGCUCGCCCUUCCCCGAGGAGCUGCGCUGGGCAGGGCUGGAGGAGCCCUGUCCCUUCCUGGGCAGCCCCCAGCUCCCUCUGGAGAUCCGAGUGCAGCUCAUGCAGUACAUCCACAACAUCCAGGAUGCCCUGGAGAAGCUAAAGGAGGUGGAGGAGGAUUACAGCGUUCUGCGGCGCCAGGGGCUGGCUGGCUCAGCCUCCACAGGAGAGCACUCAGACAAAAGCUAGUCGUGUUUCCAGGAGUGGCUGAAGAUGGGAUGAAGAGAAUCAGGACACAGCACCCGCUGUCUCCCCUGUGGACUCUGGGAUGAGGGUUUGGAGCAUCCAAACAGGAACCAUUCUCUAGCAAAGUGGGCAUGGGGUGCUUUUCCUGUGGGGCAUCUGCACUAUCUUGUCAGUGAGGGAGUCUAUUCUAUUCUGCUCCUCUCCUUGCUACCAGAAAUUCAAUUUUUUUUUUUUUCAGAACAGGAAAAAAAAAAAACCAAACCAAAUGUACAGAGCUUUGGGUGUAGGAUAUAAAAAAAUGUAUUUAGACAUUUAAAAGAAAAAAAAAAAAAUCAAUGUAUUUAUUUGACUUCAUUCCGUGUAUCAAAAGCACAUUUUAAUUUUUUAAUCUGCCUUUUUUUUUUUUUUUGUUCUAUUUUUGGGUAGUGACAGUUCUGGCCCACCCUGCCUGGUGAGGGGACAGGGGGGACCUGUGUGCAGGUGUUUCCUCACUGGACUGGACUCUGCACUCCCUGCUGGCACUCAGACUACCAAGAGCUACUCAUGAAGGGUUAGGAUGGAAUUUAUGGCUGGAAUUGGUCUGUAUCCAACCAGCUGCAUGGGAAUUGCUCAUGUCACCACGUGUGGAACAGGAAUUUUCCAUGCACUAAACAGCCAGGCACUUGAGAUGGGCAAAUUUUCCUUUUCCCCUUUCCCAUUCCUUUGCUGGGAGAGGAGAAAGAGGUUUAAUUUUGGUUUUUUCUUCUUGACUUUGUUGGCUUUGAUCAUUGUCUCUUUGUAAAGUGAUAAAAAAAAAAAUACUUGGACCUGCA